GUGGGAUCACUACAAGAGAGGCCUCCUUUCCGAGAUUCGAAGCUGGAACAGCUCAGCCAGUCGUGGAAUCAUCGACCGGGAGGAUCCGGCUCCCAUGACUGGAGCCAGCUCUUUGGGUGAUGAGACUUGCCUUCGCGUGGGCCGUGGGGAAAAGCUCUGGGACGCCAGAGCCCAGACUCCUCCAAAUGAGACCUAUGAUCCGGGCCGUGCUGUCAAACAGAUCUUCCACGUAGAGUGCACCCGCGACGAGCAUGGCAAGCCCAUCGUGACGGUGGAUCGCGAGCAGCGGGACGCCUCCAUGGAUGACUUCGAGCGGAAGCUCCAGGACACCAUGGCCACGGCCCGCUACCGCGACAAACUGCGCAGGACUGCCAAGAACGUGACGGCUGGUGCGACUCUGGAGAACGGCGCAGGGAAGGCCGGUGUCAACGCUGUAGCCUUGACGGAG